AUGGACGCGGCCGCCGCGGCCCCGGUGGGUGUCCGGGAACGGCCGGGGGGCGGCGGGGCCGGCUGCACCCCCGGCACCGCCCAGGGGGGCUCGGGGUGUUGGCAGCGCCCGCCCGGGGGGUUUUCGGGGGGUCGGGUCGGUGGUACCCCCAGGGUGGCCCGCGGGGAUCGGGGUACCCGCGGCCCCCCGUGUCUCACGGCCCCUCUGGCCGCACCGCAGGCAGAGCCCCCGGUGCCGGCGGACACCAUCCGGCGCUGGCUGCGCGCCGAGGGCGCCGACCCCGCCGCCCCGGCCGAGGAGCUGCUGGGUCUGGCCUGGAGGCUUCUGCGGCGAGCGGAGACCCGGCUGGGCGAGCUGGAGCGGCGGCGGGCCCAGGACAUGAGAGACGUGGAAAGCUACGUGGGCCACGUCCGUGCCCUGACAGAAGAGAGGGAUGCCAUUGCCUCUGAGUAUGAGAAGGAGAACGAGCAGCUCAGGUUGGAGCUGGCCCAGCUACAGCUGCAGCAGGAAAGCCAGCUGAAGGAGGUGGAGGAGAUGCUGGAGCAGGAGGGGCUGUCCCAGAUCUCCUGCAGUGCUGCCAGUGAACAGGUCGCGUAUCUCCUGGUGGAGCGGGCGGCGCUGCUGGGAAGGCUGGAAGUGGCAGCCCAGCAGCUGGGAUCCCACAGCAGGAUUGACAGGCUCCAGUUCUGCAGGGAAGAGCUGGAGGGGGAGCAAGCAUUGCCUGCAGGAGAUGUGGGAGAUCUGGAUGAGGCCCCUCAGAGGCUGGUGGUGUCCCAGGAGGAGAUCCAGAGGGUGGCAGAAGGGCUGGAUGCACAAAGCAAAGAGCAGAGUGGAGCAGACAGGGCUGAGCUCCAGAGGGCCAUGGAGCACAACAGCCGGCUGGACAAGGAGAUCCUGGCACUGCGGGCGCGCGUCCAGACGCUCGACCUGGAGAGGAAAGCCUUCCUGGAGCUGGUGGAGCAGCUCAAGGAGGAGAUCUGUGAGUACCAGCGGAGCGAGAGGCCGGAGCCGCCAGCGGCAGAGGGACUUGGAGUGGCCUCACUGCAGGCACAGGGCACACAGGAAGAAGCAGGAGCUGAUGGAGACCCUGGUGCCAGCAGAGCUGCCCCAUAUCAGGAACAUGGAGAUCAGGGUGUGGAAACCCUGCACAAAAGGUGCCGGGAAGCCAUGGAGAGCAUGGAGAGCAGGAAUUCCCAGCUCCUCCACAAGCUGCAAAAACUGGAGCAGGAACAAGAGGGUUUGGUUGAGCACAAUGAGAAGCUGGAAUCAAUCCUGGGAGAGACACAGAUCCAAAGCAAGCAAGAGAAGCAGCAGCUGGAGAGCAAGGUGGAGGAACUGCACCAGAAAAUCACCACUUUGGAAACUGAGUUGUUUGAGGUGCAGAAGAACAAAAGUGAGACGAAUGGGAGCGAGCAGGUGACAACUGGAGCUCAGGAGAUGCAGGAGAUGUUGGAAAGCUGUCAGGAAACAAUAGACAAGUUGGGAAGUCAGCUGGGAGAGAGGAGAGAACGGAGAAAGCAGCUGGCAUCUGAGCUGGAGCUGCUGAGGGAAGAUUUGAAAGCUGAGAAGGUUCUGGGCAGCCAGGGUUUGCCUGACUCCCACUCAGAGCUCACAGGCCACAUAAACACCUUCCCAAGUCUCCAGAGAGCAUCAGCCAGCAGGGAUCUUGUGGAUGUAUCCCACGAGAAGCCCCACAAAGACAGUGCUUUGCCAGAUCCAGAGGCCUCUGAAGUCCUGCAAGACAGAGAGCAGAGUCCCAAAGUGGAGCAGAAACAGGAAGAUCCCUGUGCAGAUGCAAAGACCUACGAGGAACAGAUGGCUAAAGUAGUGUUUUUGGAAGAGCAGAUCAAAAACCUGAGGGAAGAACAAGAAGUGCUCUGCUCUGAAUUACUAGAGAGCAACAAGAAGAAGGAGGAGCUGGAGAAGCAGCUCAAGGAGAGCAGUGAAGAGAAGAGGCUGUUGCUUGAAGAAAUUGCCCAGCUCAGACGUGACAUCCGGAGUGCCUGGGAGCAGGGCCCCAGUGGAGACAUCAGGAGGAUGACCCCAGGCUUGGAGCAGAGGGAGAGCAGGUUUCUCCCAUGGCAGAGCUCUGCAGGCAGUUUAGAGGGGAGUCCUAAACAGGGUCUGUCUGAGGAGAGGUUCCAGCAGCAGGAGGAGAAGCUGCAGCAGCUGCGCCAGGACCUGCGGCGGGUGCAGAACCUGUGCAGCUCUGCUGAGAGGGAGCUCAGGUAUGAGAGGGAGAAGAAUGCUGACCUCCAGAGGCAAAAUCUGCUGCUCCAGCAGGAAUGCACCAAGGUCAAAGCGGAGCUGAAGCAGGCCCGGGCCAAACUCUCAGAGACCACAGAAACAUGUUCCUCCCUCUCAGCACAGUGGGACAGGAGCCAGCAGAAGGUCAAGGAGCUGGAGCUGGAGCUCUCCAAGUGCUCCCAGGCUGAUAAGCUUAGGAGCAGCCUCCAGGAGAGGCUGGCCCAGGAGAAAUCCAGAGCAGGAGAAGCACAAAAGAAGGUCUCAAAACUGCAGCAAAAGCUGAAGGAUUCCCAGCACCAGCUGCUGCUGGCAGAGGCCCGUGUUUCUGACAAGAAGCUUCUGGAAGAGGAGCUGAAGGAAGCUCGGGAGAAUGAAGCUCGAGUGCAGCAGGAGCUUCAUGAGGAGCAGUUGAAAAGGAGGCUCCUGGAGCAGCAGGUGGAGGAGCUGCGGCAGCAGCUCCGGCAUUCCCGGGAGACGGAGGCGUCGCUGGCCAAGAUGCACGUGGAGCUCCAGGCCAAGACCCUGCAUGUCCUGGAGGAUGAGAAGAAGCUGGAUGCUGGGGAGCAUGUGCAGUGCCAGAAGGAGAAUCAGAAGCUCUCGGAGCAGCUGGUGCUGCUGAAGGAGGAGAACAAAGCCCUCUAUGAGGAAGGUGUCAGACUCCUGAACCAGAAGGAUCUCUAUGUCAGGAAAUACAACGAGAUGCAGCUCAGGCACAAGGACAAGAUCCGCAGGGCCAAGGAGACUUUCAUCCACGAGGUGAAACAGAGGGACAGCAGGAUCAAACAGCUGGAAAAUGAGCUCAGCGAGUCGAAACUCCAGGUGGAAAAGGGGAAGGUGCUGAUUGCCCAGAUCACUGCUGAGAAUGAAAAAUUACUCCAGGAGAGGCGACGGCUCCUGCAAAAAAUAUCAGACCAGGAGGAGUCCCCUUGGAGCCUCCGGUCUGGGAUUCCCUCCCUGCAGAGCAGAGGGAAGACCCUGGAGGAGGAGAACGCCCGGCUGCAGGACAAGCUCCAGCUCUCCAGCCAUGUGGGCUCCUCCCAGCGCCUUGCCAGGAGCAGCCCUGCUCCCAGCACAGAGGACCUGAAGCUUGCUCCUGGCUCUGAACGCCACCCCCAGAGCAAGGUGCUGCCACCUCCUCGUGCCAGCUUCCCACCCCGAGAUCUCCCAGAGCCCCUGGGUGUCCUGAAGGGCCUGCAGAGCACCAAGCCUGAGGGAGAGGCUGAGAGCCAGGAUUCUUCCUUCUGCCCGUCCCCCUCGCAGCCUUCAGAGAUUGGGUACCUGAACGUGGCCUCUCCUGGGGACAGCACGGCCCCCACGGCCUCCCCUCUGCCCGAGCAGAGCCUCAGCCUUGGCUCCCAGAGCUCCUGAGCUGGGAAUGUUGGUGCAGCCCAGAACUGCAGGGGUUGGGCUCCAGCAGAGCCUGCACAGAGAACUGCCAGAUGGACUGAGCCCAUGAUUGCUGGGAUAUGUUCCCACUAAAGGAUUCCACUGCUUCUUGGUUUUGUUUUUUUAACCUGCCCACCUGUAAAUGUGUGUGUGAUCCCAGAUCCACUGCAGGCUGGAAUUUGUAAAUAAACUCUGUACAGUGGUAGAGGGGUGGGGUGGGGUGAAGGGAGCCUUCCCUCAACCCUAAUCCCCUGUCCAGUCCAAAUCUAUAAAUUUUGUAAAUAAAACUUACAGAAGUUCCCUUUUA